AUGGCCGAGAAAAUUACGGCCUUCCCUCGCCUGCUUUUGGCUGGCAGUCCUUCUGCCGCUGAUAAAGGCACUCUAUUGCUGGGUGUGAUAUGUUCCAUCGCAGCUGGUGUUCCCUUCCCACUGAUUGGAGUUCUGUUUGGUCAACUCCUCGAUGAUUUCAAUGCAGCUACAUGUAGUGAAUCUUCAAGCUCCUCUUCUGACGAAGAUCAGAGUGAAAUCAAUAGCAAGAUUCUGAUCAUCGUAUAUCUGGCUAUUGCCCAGUUCGUGCUCAUCUAUCUGCACCUCUCAUGCUGGAGUCUUCACGGCGCGCGAUUGGCCCAAAGACUGCGCGAACGUUAUCUGCAGAAUUUGCUUCGACAGGAACCUUCAUACUUCGACAAUCUACCUCCCGGAGAAGUCGCCUCACGAUUGAAUAGCGAUGUUCAGACUAUUCGCUCGGGCACUUCAGAGAAAGUGGGCAUAGUCCUCUCCAGUCUCUCGUUCUUCGUCACUGCUUAUAUUGUAGCCUUUAUCAAGGACUGGGAACUUGCAGCAAUGUUACUGUCCUUGAUUCCGGCCUAUUUCCUGAUGUCAUUCAUUGGGACUUAUUAUAUCGAGAAAUACUCUGGACUUAUGUCGGACCAUGCAGCUACCGCCGCGUCGAUUGCUUCGGAAGCUCUUUCUAACAUCGUUGUGGUGCAAGCUUUCGGUGGCAAUACCCGGUUGGAGAACAAAUUCUCUACUGCUCUUAAAGCUUCGAGAACUGAAGGUUUGAAGAAGGCAACCGCGAUUGGUAUACAAUCCGGAUUCUUGUAUUUCAUUGCUUAUUCUGCGAACGGCCUUGCAUUUUGGCAAGGAAGUAAAAGCAUCGCGGAUUCUGUGCGCAACAACACUGCAGGUGUCACUGUGGGUGCUACGUUUACCGUCAUUUUUAUCCUGGUUGAAGCUACCUUGCUUUUGAGUCAAGUCGCACCGUUUCUCCAUCUUUUCAUUGCAGCUAUCGCCUCGUACAAGAAGCUACGUUCGGAUAUAGAUCGACAACCACUCAUCGAUGGCACAACCGAUUCGGGUCUUCGACUUCCACAGGCAGGCGGUUUCGAGUUCAAGGAUGUUUCUUUCACCUAUCCUUCCAGGCCCGAGAUUACAGUCCUAAAUAAUAUCACUCUAUCCAUCCCUGCCAAUAAGAACACGGCCAUUGUCGGUCUCUCGGGAAGUGGAAAAUCGACUAUCGCGGGUUUGGUCACGAGAUUGUACGAUCCUACGCAUGGACAGAUUCUUUUUGACGGCCACGAUAUUCGUGAGUGUAAUACUCGUGAUUUGAGAGGGUUCCUCAGUUUGGUACAACAGGAGCCAUCUCUCCUUGAUCGUUCCCUCUUGGAAAAUAUCGCACAUGGUUUGAUCAACUCUAGCAAUCCCAAUCAUGCGCAUUUGAAGACAGCACUCAAUAGUUCUGAGCUUUCAGAUUUAGCAAGCGAAGUCAGGGAGGGUAAGGAUCUCAUGGCUACUGUCGCAUCAAGGUCUCCGGAAAUAAUCGAAAUUGUCAACUUGGUUCGUAAAGCUGCAGAGCUUGCAGAUGCAGACUCUUUCAUUACUGCCUUGCAACACGGAUAUGGAACGACUGUGGGAUCCAGUGGACGACUGAUCAGUGGUGGUCAGAAGCAAAGAGUAGCCCUUGCAAGAGCUCUUGUUAAGGAUCCCGCUGUGCUUAUUUUGGAUGAGGCAACGGCAUCUUUGGAUUCAAGAAGUGAACAACGUAUUCAACAAGCCAUCAACAAGAUUGCGAGUGGCAGAACUAUGAUCACCAUUGCUCAUCGUCUUUCAACAAUCACUACUGCGGAUAAUAUCAUCGUCAUGCACAAAGGUGUCAUCGCGGAGCAGGGAAAUCAUUCAGAAUUGAUGGCUAAGAACGGUGCAUAUGCCGACCUCGUCAAAUUACAAGGCCUUGGAUCAACAUCUGGUAAAAAUGAAAGAGCUAGCAUAGACAGCGUUAGCAAAUCUGUAGCCACCACAUCUACUGCCGUGGAUAUUGAAAAGAGCAGCGUCAUAAGCACCCCUGUUGGUGAUGGAGAAGAAUCCGAGCUCUCGGCCAAAAAGGAAACAGCUGGCGAUAUCUCAGAAGAAGACCAAGAGCCUGAAACUCCCAAGAAGUCUAUAUGGGCUCUCAUGAAAGGUUAUGCUCCAGCAUUGCGACCUCACUUCCUUACGAUUUUCAUCGCUCUUGUUGCCUCUAUUGUUGUUGGUGGAGCUUUCUCCGGCGAAGCUGUAAUUUUCGGAAACACCGUCGGAAGUUUGAACCCGUGCAAGAGUGCCAGCUAUAUUGAUGCUCACGGAAACUUUUAUGGACUUCUAUUUUUCAUCCUUGCUAUCAUCGAGUUUUUCGGAAAUUUGGUCAGUUGGGCAGGAUUCGGCUGGAUCUCCGAAAAAAUUGUUUUCAACGUGCGAGUCUUGUCAUUUAGAUCAUUGUUCGAACAAGAUCUCCAAUGGCAUCAAUCUGAAGGUCGCACGCCAGCGGUACUCCUCUCAUACAUUACCAGGGAUGGUAAUGCUUUGGCUGGACUGAGCGGCUCCGUCAUUGGCACAUUGUUCUCCAUUACCGUCAAUCUUAUUGCUGCCAUCGUUUUGACCCACAUCAUCGCUUGGAAAAUAGCAUUGGUCUGUUUGGCUUUGGUACCACUUCUUCUUGGAGCUGGUCUUAUGGAACUCAGAGUCCUUGGCCAAUUCGAAGACAAACACGAAAAUGCAUACACCCAAUCUGUUGAUAUUGGUGUAGAAGCCAUCACCUCAAUCAAGAUCAUUGCAUCUCUUUCCCUUGAGGAAGAGACAUUGGCUACCUACCGAAGAUCUUUGAAGGGGCCUCGCACAGAAACUUUCAAAGUUAGUGUUCUAGCCAGUCUCUGGCAGGCAACUACCUACUUCCUUGGAAACCUUGUCAAUGCACUAGCAUACUGGUGGGGUGCCAAACAGAUUUUAGCAGGAACGUAUACACAAACCCAAUUUUUAAUUGUAGUUUUCUCCCUUCUUGUGAGCGCACUACUCUGGAGUCAAAUGUUCGCCCUCGCACCCGAACUUUCUAAUGCUCGAGCCGCUAUGGCAAGAAUCUUGAGUCUCAUCGAAAUAGGAUCAGACAAGAUGCGAGGAAACGUGGAGGAUCUUCCUUCCAAAGACAUUGAAGCCAUGGCCGAAACCAAAUCCGCCGCUCCGUCGUCCAAUCAAGGAGCUUCCAGCGUUCAGCUCCGUGAUGUCCAUUUUUCAUACCCUGCCAGACCAGAUAUGCAAGUUUUGAACGGCUUGAACAUCGAUAUUCAACCUGGAAAGUUUUGUGCCCUGGUCGGACCAUCUGGUGCUGGCAAAUCGACAAUUAUUUCAUUGGUCGAACGAUUGUACACACCACAAUCUGGAUCCAUCAUUAUUGACGGCGUCGAUGUGACCAAACACCGAGAUGUUGCCUUCCGAGACUCCAUUUCCUUGGUACCUCAAGAAAGUGUUCUCUUCGAAGGAACAGUCGAGUUCAACAUUGGGUUCGGUGCCAGACCUGGCCACGAAGUCACCAUGGACGAGAUCAUCGCCGCGUGUAAACUUGCCAAUAUCCACGAUACCAUCGCAGCCCUACCAGAUGGAUAUCAAACCCUCUGCGGAACAAACGGGAAUCAAUUCUCAGGAGGACAGAAACAGAGAUUAUCCAUCGCUCGUGCGCUCGUUCGAAAACCCAAAUUGUUGAUUCUCGACGAAUCCACUAGUGCUUUAGAUGCCGAGUCGGAAAAGCUCUUGCAAGACGGAUUGGAGAAGGCUGCGAGGGGAAUCACAGUUAUCGCUAUUGCUCAUCGUCUACGUACGAUUAGAAAAGCUGAUGUCAUUUUCUUGGUGGAUGCAGGAAGAUGUACGGAUCAGGGAUCGCAUGAAGAGUUGUUGGAGAGGUCGGAAAGUUAUAGGGCGAAUGUCAUGCAUCAAACAGUAGUAUAG